AUGGGAUCUACCGACCGCCCCGAACCCCUUCGUCUGGGCUCAAUUGCCCCCAACUUCCAAGCCCAGACCACCAAAGGCCCCAUCGAUUUCCACGAGUUCAUCGGCAACAACUGGGUCGUUCUCUUCUCGCACCCGGAAGACUUCACCCCGGUCUGCACGACCGAGUUGGGCGCCUUCGCAAAAUUAGAGCCAGAAUUCACAAGAAGAGGCGUCAAGUUGAUUGGGCUUUCGGCCAACACCAUUGACAGUCACGGAGAGUGGAUCAAGGACAUCAACGAGAUCAGCGGCAGCAAUCUGGAAUUCCCCAUUAUCGGUGACAAGAACAGACAAAUUGCGCUCCUCUACGACAUGAUUGACCACCAGGAUGCGACCAACGUGGAUGAAAAGGGCAUUGCCUUCACCAUCCGAUCCGUCUUCGUUAUUGACCCGAAGAAGGUCAUCCGCACCAUCCUGUCCUACCCUGCGUCGACCGGUCGCAACACGGCCGAAGUGCUCCGAAUCGUCGACUCGCUGCAGACUGGCGACAAGCACAAGGUCACCACCCCGAUCAACUGGGUGCCCGGUGACGAUGUGAUUGUUCACCCCAGCGUCAAGACCGAGCAGGCGAAGGACAUCUUCCCCGAGAUGAAAAUUAUCAAGCCAUACCUUCGAACCACACCACUGCCCAAGGAGAAGACCAGCGCUGCUUAG